AUGGACGGCCAAAAGGGCCAGUCGAGGCUCAGCAGGAACCAAUCCUCCCUACUCCGGUCAUCCCCCACCUACCGUCUGCCGGGGCAGAGCUCGCCUUUCGCGGCCGAGAUCUCGCGGGACCUGGAGGAGCAGAAGCCCCACUCCAAACCCUGCACGCCACGUGUUCGACCGAGUGCCUCUCGUUUCGGACCCAUUUUCGCCCUCUUAAUCUUCCUUCCGGCGUACACGAUUUUCGCCUUUCUCGUCUGGGACGACGCCUCCACCUCCGAGAAUCUGCUCCUGUCCUUGAUUUUCGUCGCCGUUUUCCUGUUUUUCGCCUCCCAGAACAGGGAUUUUCUCAACCGGACUUUCAGCUUCUGCAAGCAGUUUGUCGACGAGCACGCUAAAAGAUUGAGUCUUUACUGUUUUGCAUCCAAGACUCCCACAAAUUCGGUUCAAUGGUUCAUAGGAGAUCCAAACCCGGACGAAAUCGAAAGAAAACACCAGAGCAUCCGUUUCGAGAAGGUUACUAGAGAAGGUGUGGAGUUUUACAGCAAUGGAGAUUUCUACGAGGGGGAGUUUCAUGGUGGGAGGUGCAAUGGGAGUGGAGUGUACAAUUAUAUGAUUAAUGGGAGGUAUGAAGGAGACUGGGUGGACGGGAAGUAUGACGGUUUCGGGAUCGAGAGCUGGGCGAGAGGGAGUCGAUUCAAAGGGCAGUAUAGGCAUGGUUUGAGGCAUGGAUAUGGUGUUUAUAGGUUUUAUACAGGGGACACUUACGCCGGCGAGUGGCGUAAUGGGCAGAGCCAUGGGAUUGGAGUUCAGACAUGUGCUGAUGGGAGCUCUUAUGUUGGGGAGUUCAAGUGUGGAGUCAAACAUGGCCUUGGCUGUUACCAUUUCAGGAAUGGGGAUAGAUACGGUGGGGAGUAUUUUGGAGACAAAAUCCACGGUUUUGGAGUGUACCGAUUUGCAAAUGGGCACUGUUAUGAAGGGUCGUGGCACGAGGGGCGAAAGCAAGGUUUUGGUAUGUAUACUUUCAGAAAUGGCGAGACGAGAUGUGGCGAAUGGGACGAUGGCCAUCUUAAUACUCCUCUUUCCUCUGUCUCGGAUUCUGUUCUUCGGGCUGUUCAGGGUGCUCGAAAAACAGCAGAAAAUGCUAUCCACCUGCGCUCGGUGGACGAGAAAGUGAGUAAGGCAGUGUUCGCUGCAAAUCGGGCAGCAAUGGCUGCAAGAGUUGCUGCAGUCAAAGCUGUUCAGAAUAGGAUCCAUGGAAAAUUCUGUGACGCAAACUUUUGA